UCCACUGAGGAACUUCCUCCUCUCUCUGCACGUCUCUCAGCACAAACACACCCUUUAUACUGUAUGUUUUCUCAGGACAAACUCUUGCUGAACUGAGGGAAGAGAAGCUGUUUGGGUGUGAUGGCAGAGCCACAGAGGGGCACUGAAAACCGGACUGAGACACACAUAAGGACUCUGUCUUCAGAUGAACCCCCCAGUUGUUCCAGUUUGACCACUAAGGAGCUGCAGCAGAACUUGAGGGAAGUGAAGAAGAGAGAGCGACCCGUCAGGCUGCUGUUUGAAAUCCCAUCGACUCGUAUUAUUCAUCAUGUUCUGUCAAAAUAUGUGGUGUAUGAGAUUGUGGUGAUGCGCUCUGGCAGCUUCGAUUCCCACCGUGUGCCUGUGGAGCGCCGUUACAGCGACUUUUCCCGCUUCCACCACAAACUGCUGGAGGAGUUUGAGGAGGAGCUGGAGGAUGUAGUUCUCCCCCGAAAACACCUGAGCGGGAACUUCAGCCCUGAAAUAAUCUCAGAGCGUCGCCUUGGCCUCCAGGACUACCUGGCUAAACUUUACAGUGUUCGCUGCGUUCGGCAUUCUCCUCAUUUCGCCAAGUUCUUCACUGAGCAGGAGCAGAAACGAGCACACGAUCUGUUGCGAGCAGGACAGUUUAAGCCUGCUGUGGAGCAGCUGCAGAAUGUGUUAGAGGUGGAGGAGAAGUUGUUACCUUGGCAGAACCCCACCCUGAUUGUACCCACCCUCUCUGCCCUCGCAGUCUGUUACCGGGACCUGGAGGAACCAGAAAAGGCCUCUGCUGCUGCUCAGAGAGCCUUGCCUCCAGUGAGACGCUACGGACUUAAAAACUACAGAGCUGCACUGCUGGAUCUGCUGGUGGAUCUGGGUUAUCAGCUGGGACGUCCUGUCGCUCAGUUACAGGAGGAGCUGACUGUCCUAAGGGACGCUGAGAGGGGUGAGGUGUCCCCUCGCUCUCUGAAAGAGUUAGUGGUCCAACAGUUCCCCUGAGUCUCUGAAAGAGUUAGUAGUCCACUUGUUUCAGAGUCUCUGAAGAAGUUAGUGGUCCACCAGUUCCCAAGGCUUUGAAAGGGUUAGUGGUCCAUCAGUUCCCUGGAGUCUUUGGAGGAGUUCGUGGUCCAUGAGUUGACCAGAGGACAAUCCAGGUGAGUGGGACAAACCAAACCAACAAACUCUGGAGCUGAGCUGAAUCAGUGAUCCAUAACUUGCUCGUCUUUUGUCAGUAAAUCUUUCUCGGUCAGAUUCGGAGUUCUGCAGGAAAUCAGGACGUUUGGUAGAAAAUGACUGAGACAUCAAACCACAGCUGAGCUGUAAGUGUAAGUGAGAGUUGCAUGAUCUGUCCUUCAUACUAUAAAUAAUUUAUUUCAGUGUGUGCAAACUGUCACUACUAUCUGUGGUGAACAAAGUGAAUGUGCAUCACCAUGUCUGCAGAGGAACUAAUGUGUGUUGACUGAUCUGUGCAGAGGAUACAGUGAUUUCAACAAAACAAAAACUGGAACUCCCCGAAAAAGUUACCCAACCUGCUUCACUUUGUGUGUGUGUGUGUGUGUGUGUGUGUGUGUGUGUGUGUGUUUCCUUUUUUUUUUUUUUUUUUUUACAAGAGAACAAAGGCAAACCUCUCAGGGUGCUUUCAAACCUGCCCUGUUUGAUUCGGUUCAAUUGAACUCAGGUUAAUUCGCCCCCUAAGUAGUCUGUUUCGGGCAGGUGUGAACACAGCAAUCGCACUGGGGUGUGCACCAAAACAACUGAACCAAGACCUUCUUGAAGAGGUGGUCUCAGUCCGGUUAUAAAUGAACUGCAGUGGUGCAGUUCCUUUGUGGUGAGAAGGUGUUCUGACCUGGAUGUGAACCAACUGCA